UGGGACAGGGCUGACCGCAGCAAGGCGCUGGCGCUCCCACGACUACUUAGAGCUGCCCGCCCCGUUUCCAGGGGAGGAGCAGCUAAUCGCGCAAGCGUCCGGGAGAUGCCGAGAGGGGCGGGAGGAAAGGGUAGAGGAGGAAGCAGGAUUUAAACGAAGGGCGGUGACGCCACACAAAAGAUUUCUAUAGGCUCAAGUGAGGUUACGGCAAAGGCAACGAGGCGAGCGGGGUAGGGAGGGGGGAAGGGAAGAGGAAAAACCUCCCUUCAACCCAUGCAGCGUUUGGGUGGCAGUGGCAGCGGGGGCUCCCCCACUACUUUGCACCCAGGGAGGUGAAGACGCGCUGGGAAAGGAAACAUUUUUUUUUGUUUAUUUCCACCUCUGCGCCUUCCCUCCCCUCUCCAAUCUUCAUCUCCCCUUCAAUUUCUUUCUUUUUUCCCCUCGCUCGGAAGUUGGUGGUUUACCAAAAUGGCAGGAGCUAGGGCCCGAGCUGGUUCCCGCAGCAGCCCGGAGACCCCUCCCUUGUGCGCGGGGACCUUCUAAGUUCUAAGAGGCCACCGCUGCCGGAGGGAGCCCGCAUCCGGGGGGGGAUGCGCUUGAGCCGGGGCCUCGGGAGAAAGCCGCCACAGCCGCAGCACCAGCCGUUGGAGAGGAUGGAUUCGGAGCGGGAGCAAGCUUGGGGAGGUUUGAUGCAUGGUCCGGGAAGGGGCGCCGCUUCCCAACCCAGCCGCGGAAAGUGAAUCCAAGCCCUGUGGAAAAGGGCUGGGUAGGUGGGGGGUAGUAGAGAGAAGAGGAAGAAGAAAGGCAACUCCCCGCCACCACGGCCCGAGCCCCGAGGGCGCCGGGUGAGGCGCGCCCGGGCGUGGUGUGCUAGCUAGUGGCCCGCGGGCGCCCGGCCCCAGCCAGCGCUAAAUCUGUGCUCAGCUCCCUCCGGACUCGACUCUUGCAGCCUGGCUGACCAAGGCGAGCCACACCCUCCGCUGGGUGGCUGCUGCUGCUGCUGCUUCCUGAUAGCCGGAGACUGUAGAAAGAGAGAGAGAUGCGGGGCGGCUGCUCCCGCCGCUCCUUGUGCGUGCCUCCGUCUCUGCCGCUCCAAAGUGACUUCUCUUUCGGUUGCGUUUCUAGAGACACACGUGCGCCUAGGUGCCCGAGCUUGGCCCUCUAAGUGCUGAGAACAGAAGCGGGUUUGUGCAUCCGCAGUCUCCGGAGCUCCUCCCUAAGAAAAAGGAUUUUGAUUUCAAAGAAAGGAAGGAAGGACAACUCCCAGCCUUCCCCACCCCAGUCGGCUUGGCAGGGUCAUGCCCAGGAAGGAGGCGGCGGUGGCCCUACGGCGGAGACAGGACCGGUGCGGACUUUCCCGGAACCCAACUGGUGGGGAGUACUAAUUUUGUUUUUUCUUGCAUUUUUUUCUUCCGGCGGUUCAUGGUGCUUGCAGCCCCUAGGCAAAGAGGCGGAACGCAGAAGUGCUUCCCUCCACCCCUAAGCAGGUCGUCCGUUUUCUCUUCUUUGCUCGCUUCCCGCCCUGUCUCUAUCUCGGCCGCCGCAGCCCUGGUGCCAUCUGCUCGCGGCGGUGGAUGGCAUGAUGGUGCGGAGAAGGCAACGCGGCCCUGCCCAGCUCAGUCGGGACGGCUCCGGGGGCGGCAGCGGCGGCGGUAGCGGGCUCCCCAGCGGCAUGCCAGUGCUCCCCCGGCGCUAUGGCUAGCGGGAGUUCGGGGAAGUCUACUAGCGAGGCGGCUUCUCCUCCUGCUCCUGCUAGCGGUGCUUGUCACUCGAGUGCCGUCGGGGUCGGCUCUCAGCCACGGAAGAGGCUUGUCUCGGUCUGCGACCACUGCAAGGUGAAGAUGCAGCUGGUGGCCGAUCUGCUGCUGCUGUCUAGUGAGGCGCGACCGGUGCUGUCGGAGGGCUCCACUGCCUCCUCCGGCCCUGGAGGUGAGUCCUUUGAAAAGUGCCGGGACACCAUCAUCGCCCGCACAAAAGGGCUCUCCAUCCUGACUCACGACGUACAAAGUCAACUCAACAUGGGCCGUUUCGGCGAGGCUGGGGACAGUCUGGCGGAGCUGGGCGAGCUGGUCGUCUCGCUGACCGAAUGUUCGGCUCAUGCCGCCUACUUAGCCGCGGUGGCCACCCCAGGGGCACAGCCGGCGCAGCCGGGCUUGGUGGACCGGUACCGAGUGACCCGCUGCCGGCACGAAGUGGAGCAGGGGUGUGGGGUGUUGCGAGCAACCCCUUUGGCAGACAUGACACCCCAGUUGCUGCUGGAAGUGUCCCAGAGCCUGUCGCGCAAUCUCAAGUUCCUAACGGACGCCUGCGCCCUGGCCAGCGAAAAGUCCCGGGACCGCUUCGCCCGAGAGCAAUUCAAACUGGGCGUCAAGUGCAUGAGCACCAGCGCGUCGGCGCUGCUGGCCUGCGUGCGGGAGGUGAAGGCGGCGCCCAGCGAGCUGGCCCGCAGCCGCUGCGCGCUUUUCAGCGGGCCCCUCGUACAGGCGGUCAGCGCCCUGGUGGGCUUCGCCACCGAGCCCCAGUUCCUGGGUCGAGCCGCCUCCGUCAGUUCCGAGGGCAAGGCGGUGCAAACCGCUAUCCUCGGUGGGGCCAUGAGCGUCGUGUCGGCCUGCGUGCUCCUGACCCAAUGCCUCAGGGAUAUAGCCCAGCACCCCGACGGGGGCGCCAAGAUGACAGACCACAGGGAAAGGCUGAGGAAUUCAGCCUGCGCCGUCUCGGACGGCUGCAACCUGCUAUCUCAGGCACUAAGGGAGAGGUCUUCGCCCAGGACUUUACCGCCAGUGAAUUCCAAUUCUGUGAAUUAACCCUAUCCCGACCGCCCCCCCCCACCCCCCUUCUCCAGUUUAUUCCCUUCUUGCCCCUGAUUGUGACUACAGAAAAAUACUUCCCUCCCUACCC